CCAUCCCGGACUUUCGGGAUUAUCCGAAUCCCCGAAUCACCGGCUCCACCGUGUCCGCUUUAUUUCUUCCCCCGGGCUUACGGACUCUGCUAUUCCCGCUUCUUCAAUCCUCCAACUCUUUCGGACAGUUUUGAGAAAACACCAGAUUAUGGGUAGCCGGCGCACAUUAGAGACUAUUGCGUGCAGUCGCUGCCAAUUCAAAAAGGUUCGAUGUGAUCGAGUCGGCCCUGAAUGUGGUAGGUGCACGUCAAUUGGUGCCGAUUGUAUAUACCGGUCCAGAAAGCCGCGAGCCAAGAAACAAGGAAACGAUGUCAGUGAAAACAAUGUUCUAGCAGACGUUCUCGAUCGACUUAAACGCCUGGAAGAGCAUUGUGGCCUGGAAACAGCUUCAGACAACGACGAACAUGUUGAUCGUUCGAUGUCACGCCCAUCCGUCAAUUCGGACCACUCUACAGCUGUAUUCCCCGAGAGGUCCAAUAGCCCAGUCCCGCCCGGUGUGAUCGGUGGUAUCUUGAGUCGCAUCAGGGAUCCCCAAAGCCGGGCCCUGCUUCUUUCAAAUGUAUUCAGUCACCUGCAAGGGGUCGAAUCUCGUUUCUUUGAAAAUGAAAAUUGCGUCCGGGCCAUUGCUGUUGCAAUGUCAAAAAUUGAACAUCUGCAGGACACACCAACCAAUGAGCCGACUGCGAGCGCCGAUAUGCCAAAAGAGAUUGCAAGAAAAUUUCUCCGGAAUUAUUACGAUUGUUACCAAUUCGAAGGAUUUAAAAUACCUUUGGACAAAAGUUUCCUGCUAUCCAUCCCUGACCUUCUGGAAAAUCCCCAUGUUCAACUUGAUUACAUCUCUCAGAUCAUCUAUUACGCCCUCGGCCUGCAAGGAAUUAUCCUGGACCCCGGCGCUCAUAGGGAUAAUGGCGGCAAGAUCAAAUAUCUUUACCGGAAAUGUCUGGAGCUGACCAACCGCUGGCAAGACCACAUUCAGAAUACCCCCGCCGAUCUCUAUGGGGCAAUUCUGAUGGUAUCGAUGGCACUGGAAAGCUGUAAUAGCGAAUUGGCCUGGAAGAUGCUCGGCCAUGCUCUGAAGAUAGCCAAGGCCCUGGGCUAUUUCUAUGUUGACGGCAGUCCGGAAGACAUGGAUUGGCAGCCAUCACUCGCUCAAAUAUCACCGGCCGAUGAAACAGAAGUAGACAAAAAUCGAAAACGUUUCGAAUUCUGGCAUUUACUUCGCACAGAUUGUCUUUUCCGACUUUCUUUCGGAAAGCCGACUCUUAUCCCGCCAGGGUCGUGGAAAGUCAACCUUCCGGAUCCAACAAUUGACGGAGUUGAUGACGAAUCUUCUCGCUUCAUCCAGAUCCAUUUUCUGGCUUCUAUGCGGUUGGCUCUAGUGGUAAUGAAGUACCUAGACUGGGUUGACUUGGAGCCAGAUCACAACCCGGCCUCGCAUGAUGCAACGGUUGACAGCUUCCUUGAGGAAGUGCAGUUGAUCAUGAGUGAUUGGGAUCCGGAUGAACUUCUUCGAAUAGCCAGAACCCAAGUCGAUACAUGGUUCUGUGCAGAUAUGAUCUUCAGCAGCUACAAAUUUCUCAUCAUUCUUCAUCAGUCCAAGAAAUGCAGUCAGGAAAGGCACCGUUUACCACACCAGACUGUGGACUUCUCAAGGAAGUCCAUACAGAUGUUUCAGUCUCUCUUAGGAUCAAGUUUACAUGCAUAUUGGGGAAUAAGUCUCAUCUUGCUUCACCAAUUCAUCCCCUUUUUCAUCCUCUGCUUUGAUAUCAUUGGGAAUCCUGAGCGCAGUGAGAUUGACACCGACCUCUCUUUAGUGACCUGGAUCGGUGACCAUGUUGAGAGCAUCGUUGAGGAGCGGGUCGAGUUAAGACCUGUGAUGAUCACCAUGAAGGCCAUGUUGACCGCUUGCCAACAAGUCAGAUCUAAUCGCCUUGAUUCGGCAAUGACAAAUACUCCAUAGACCGGCCAGUGAUGACUGUCCAGUCAUAGAUUCCAUACUCCUGGGAUUACGAACAUAUAAGACCAUGUCAUCCUUGGCCCAGAUGCGUCAGAUCCUCAUUGCUGACAUUAGCACUGUGUAAUUUACAAAAGUCUCUACUAGAGCCCCACCUAAAUUAGCAGAUUGGCAAACAGGAGGUACAAGUUCUUUACAAAAACUAAUAAGGAUAUCUAUGCAAAAGAAGUAUA